ACCAACGCCGCUGCCAUUCCAAUAUGGCGGUCAAACAAUCAACAUUUUGAUAAAGGUUGUUUUUCAACAAAAUCAGAAUUGUUAUACACAAUUUUUAUCUACAUAUUGCAAGUACAGAUUUCUAUCUACUGGAUUUGUUCAAAAAAUUAGUCAAAAAUUCGAUUGAUUAAUUUUCCAAUAAGACAAUAUUCGUUGGUAUCGAUUCAGUCCGAUUUACUCAAAGAAUUUUUCAAUUUUACAAAGCAUUUCUGAAGCUGAGGAGGUAUGCGAGUUGUAUUAUAGCCUCUUAUAUAUCUUUCGUUAGAAGCAAAUAUGAACAGCUCUCUGGACAUAGAUUUAUGGCUGGCAAAUCUAAAAGAAACCAAGCCACCAUAUAAAUGUCCAUUUGAAGAUUGCGAAAAAUUAUAUAAGAGUUAUGGAGGAAUAACAUCUCAUAUGCAUAGCACUCAUUAUGACUAUAAAAAUGUUGGUUCACCAUCACCUUCGCGAAAAAGCAAGAACAGCAAGAAGCUUACUACUUCUCCAGAUACAAUAACCCAGCCAAGAGAUACACUGACCUAUGCUGAUGCUCAAAAAAUUGUUGAAAUUGAACUGGAUGGAAAAAUCCAUCGAUUAAAUAUAUACGAAAUGUUAAAUGUUGUUUCGCAAGAGAAUAUAGAUAACAUGGACAACGCCAAAAGGGAACAAGCAAAGGAAAUGUUGCGUUCUCAGUCAGGGGGUGACGCUGAGAAGAGAGAAAAAGAAAAAGAGAAAAUAAGACUCCCUGAACCUUCUUUCAGAAUUAUAGAAAACUAUCAGCCUUGCGUAGCACCCUCAAGGACUCAAGCUUACUUUAGAUAUAUGGAAAAAUCGCCAGAAGAUCUUGAUGAGAUGGUUGAAUACGAUAUGGAUGAGGAGGAUUUUGCUUGGCUACAAUUAAUUAAUGAAACUCGAGCUAAUGAAAGCGUCUCUUUAAUUGAUCGUGAAACAUUUGAAUUGCUGAUUGACAGAUUUGAAAAGGAAGCUGCCUUUCAAAAUUCAAAUUGUGAUCAAAAGGACAUUGAUGACGAUGCUUUGUGCUGCAUUUGUCUGGAUGGCGAAUGUCAGAAUAUGAAUAUGAUCCUAUUUUGCGAUAUGUGCAACCUUGCUGUUCAUCAGGAAUGUUAUGGUGUACCAUACAUUCCGGAAGGACAAUGGUUGUGUAGGCGUUGCUUACAAAGUCCAUCAAGAGCAGUUGAAUGUUGCCUUUGUCCGAAUAAAGGAGGAGCAUUCAAGCAAACUGAUGAUGGACGAUGGGCUCAUGUCGUUUGUGCUCUAUGGAUUCCCGAAAUCGGAUUUGCGAACACUGUAUUUCUAGAACCAAUAGAUAGCAUAGAUAGAAUUCCACCAGCCAGAUGGAAAUUAACUUGCUAUAUAUGCAAGCAACGUAACAUUGGUGCUUGUAUUCAAUGCCAUAAAACCAACUGCUAUACCGCCUUCCAUGUUACCUGCGCUCAGCACGCUGGUUUGUAUAUGAAGAUAGAACCUGUAAGAGAGUCCGCUGAUUCGAACACAACGGUUGGCGUACGCAAAACAGCGUAUUGCGAUGUUCAUUCACCAGCCGAUUGUCAAAACAUGCCAAUGAUUGACAAUGGAGCAUCUUCUGAAGAAGAUCGGCAAGCAACUCCUUCAACACCUGCUCAAUUAAAGGCAAAGAGUCGAAAUAGAAUGCGAAAGGCUAGAAAAGUUUUAGCUGAGAGAAGAGCUGCUGCACCUGUUAUUUCAAUACCGGUUUUAACUCAAAAAAGAGUUUCUGUUAUCUCAUCAAAAAUUAAUGUUCAUGGCAAAAAAGAAUUCAUGCAAAAACUGCUUGGGUAUUGGACCUUGAAGCGACAGAGCAGAAAUGGUGUGCCUCUCCUAAGAAGAUUACAGAGCAAUCACAUGAACAGAAUAAGAGAUCAGAAAGAAGACGACGAUACAGAGGAAGCAGAGAUGAAACAACAACUAAAGUACUGGCAGAGACUUAGACACGAUCUGGAAAAGGCGCGCCUGCUUGUUGAGUUGAUAAGAAAACGAGAAAAAAUUAAGAGAGAUCUAAUAAAAAUUAAGCAGAAAGAAGUUCGAUUGCGGAUGCAACCUCUGAAUACUAUGUUACUUGGAAUUUUAGACAGAUUAAAAAGUUUAGAUACAAACUCUUUCUUUGCUGAACCAGUUUCCGAAAAAGAGGCCCCUCAAUAUAGAGAGCUCAUAGAAAAACCCAUGGAUUUCUCUACUAUGCACGAAAAGAUUGAAACUAAUUGUUAUCUCAGUAUUGAUGACUUUGAAGAAGAUUUCUCAUUAAUAAUCAAAAACUGUACAACGUAUAAUGAUAAAUAUACUAUUUACUAUCGUGCAGCGUUAAAAUUAAGGGACUCUGGGGGAACAGUUAUAAGAGCAGCAAAGAGACAAGUCGCUAAAAUCGGCUACGACAAAUCUACUGGUUUACACUUGAACAGUCCUCCAUCAAGUCCUGUACAGGAAGAAAUAGACGUCCUGGACGCAGAAGCUCGAUCAAAGUUACCAAUGAGUCGACAAUUGGAUAUGCUUUUAGAUAAAUUAGACGAGUGGACAGCAAAACCCCAGAAAAAGGGAAAACAGAUCAAACUAGUUAAAAAAGAAAUAAAUAAAUUACGGCGGGCUAUGGCAGCUCAGAAAAGAAGGCGUUCAACUGAUGGAGUAUCGGAUUCCAGUGAAGAUGAUGACGCUUACAGUCCCGGUGUUUCUGGUGAUGAGGAUAAGGAGGAAGAUAAAACAUUAGUGGCCGAAGAUACUGAUUCGGAAAAGGAGAGAUCAACUAGGAGUCGGCGGAAACCCAAAUCGGAGGAAAAGGAAGACAAAGAAAAUCAAGAUAAGUCUUGCGACGAUACCGGUUUUGAGGUUCCUCUGCCCACUCCUGAAAAGACAAAAAAGAAAAGGGGUCGCAGCGGCAAGAGAACUACCAGAAAGAAAAGCACGACUCCGCCGAAUAGUCAGUCAAUAUCUCCUUGUAGAACUCCGGCCACUCCUCGAACUCCUCGUUCACCUCAAUCAAAUUUCUGCAAGAGCCCAUCCAGGGCUCCUUCGUCUCCCACGCCGAAUUCCCCUUCAAUCAGCUCGCCGCAGCCGUGGAUGUUGAACAAGGAUAGUUUCCGUCAAUACAGAGGCCAACGCGAUAUUCUCAGCGCGACCGAUAAUGAAACCGAGGUCCGUAGCUGAAAAAUCGCUAAAUAUCGCUAAAAUUUAGUACGCUUUAUCGCAAAUAUAACAAAGGCCGUGUUGAUGCAUAGGUGUCGGACGACGGUCGGAUAGGCGGAACGGAAUCGGACAUAGCAUCACCUCCCCCCGUUUCACAGGAGGUCGGCCACAGAUACUCAAGACGACCACGUCAACCGCGAAUGCGCUUCGUAGCGGGUGUUACUCCAGGUUCAGCAGAUCCCGAAGAAGAUGUCGACUCGCUGAUCGAGCUGCACCCUUUAGAUCUGGUAUGGGCGAAAUGCCGCGGUUAUCCGUGGUAUCCCGCCCUCAUAAUAAAUCCAAAAAUGCCAAGAAAUGGUUACCUACACAAUGGUGUACCUAUUCCCCCUCCUCCAGCUAGAGUUUUAGCAUUACAAAAUAAGUAUGAACAAAGAGUCUUUCUAGUUUUAUUUUUUGAUAAAAAAAGAACAUGGCAAUGGUUGCCAAGAUCUAAGUUAGAACCUCUAGGUGUUGAUUCUGGUUUAGAUAAAGUUAAAUUAAAUGAAAACAAAAAAAGUAAAGAUAUGAGGGCAAUGAGAAAAGCGUAUCAAAAAGCUAUUCAGCAUAGAUGUUUAGUAACUGGUGAACAAUUACCUUCUGUUACUAGAACAAGUGAGAAUAGCGAUGAUGAGGAGGAUGAUGAUAGCGAAGAAAGUGAUGCCCACAGCGAAAAGGAUGAUAGAGAUUUAUUAAGUAAGACUGAAGACGUACCGGAGGAUGUUGAAAUGAAAGCUGUAGAUGAGGAGGGAAUAGUAACCUGAAUAUAGUAAAAUAAAAUUGUUAUUGUUGUAUUGUAUAGACUGUUAAAUGAUUCGUAUUUAAAAAAGAAAAAUACUAAUGGUAUUAGGUAUGAAAACCAACUUGAAGUGUAUGUACAGUCUGUAUAUAAAAGAAUUGUCUACUCGUUACAUUUAAUAUUUAAAUAAUAAAUAAAAACUUGGUUCACUUCUCUUAAA